AUGUACAGUUUGCCUGGAUUUCGCGUUAUUAUAUUUUCGGGAUUGCUACCCGCUCCAAAGGCAGAAAAUACUAAAGAUUUGCCGAUUGGUGACGCUAUCCUUACCUUUUAUUAUGAAAUUAAUAUAGAAACUUUCCUCAUACUCAGGUCAGACCAAUAUGACCCAUACGUUCCAAAGAAUGGUUCCGCAGGCGGAGCACCGACAACAACUGCUAUGAUACAAGCACAAAUCGACGAGACUGUCGGUAUCAUGCGUGACAAUCUCAAUCGCGUUGCCGAUAGAGGAGAAAGACUCGACGCUUUACAAGAUAAGACCGAGAACCUUUCUGUCUCCGCUCAAGGCUUUAGGCGAGGAGCCAACAAAGUAAGGAAACAAAUGUGGUGGAAGGAUAUGAAGAUGAAGAUUAUCAUCGCGCUUGCUAUCCUUGUCUUGCUGGUUAUAAUUAUCGGUGAGUAG